CCUCCAGGGGAUCAUCCUGACCUAGGGAUCAAACCUGCAUCUCUUACAGCUCCUACAUUGGCAGGCGGUUUCUUCACCAUUAGCACCACCAACUCUGUUGAUAACCAGCUCCAAUUUAUUAAUUUUCAUGCAUUCUAAAUAUCAAUUAAUUAUACAAUUUAUUCAUUUUUAUUGAUAAUGAUUUAAGUUGCACUUAAUAUUUCACUAUUACAACAGAAUGCUACAAAGAACAUACUUGUAUAUGUUUAUUUAUUCACACAUGUAGGCAUUUCUCUAGGGCAAAUACUAAGUCUAAAAAGUGCUGUGCUAUAGAAUAUGUGCACCUUCACUUUUAUCACAUAUUGCCUAAUUGCUCCCAAAAACUGUUGUAAUACAACUCUACCAGCAGUGUUAAGAGGAUUCUUAUUUUUCUACACUCUUAUUAUCAAGGGUUCACUUUUUUACACUUCUGUCAUUCUGAUGGAUGAGACAUACUAUCUUUUUUUAAUCUGCAUUUCCCUGAUGACUAGUGAACCUUUGUCUUUUCAUAUUCUUUUCCUAGUUUUCCAUUAGGUUGUUAUUCUUUCUUGUUCAUUUUAGUUCUUUGUGCAUGCUAGAAAUAAACAUCUUUGAAAUUCUGUAUUUUGUAAAUAUAUCUUCCAAAUUUGUGCCUUAUCUUUAAUUCAUUUAGCUAAACAGAAGUUUUAAAAUUAUAACAUCAUGAAAUCUACCAUUUCUUCCACUAACAUGUCAUUUUUAAAAAAUAUGUUUUCUGAAAUUCCACCAACGUCCUGGACACACAGUCCUAUAUCUUCUCAUCAAAGUAUAACAGUUUGUCUUUUACAUUUGUAUCUUUACUCACCUAGAGUUUAUUUUUGUAUAUAAUGAAAGGUAAUACUUUUUUCCUAUGCGGACAGACAAUUGCUCCAGCACAACAACUUCAUACUGGUACAAAGUUUCCUCAUCUGUUCAUCUGAGUUCAAAACAAGCCGAAUAUGCAGGGCCUUUCACAAACACAUCCAUUCAGCUUAUAGUUCACCACGCCCUUCCAGAGCAGCAUUAUUAUCUUAACAAAGCAUACGACAUAUUGCAUUUGCUCUUCUCGAAAUAUUUUCACAAAUCCUGUUCUCUCUUUUCCUUACAAAAUUGCAAACUUCUGAGACGAAAAAACAAGGCAUUGCCCAAUUAAUCUUUGCAUCCUCUAUAUUUGGCAUUGACUUGAUUAUCAAAUACUCUUCAAUUUUAUUCUGAUUUUCACCCUUAUAGGUGGGAACUCCCAGUCAGUAUAAGCCAUAUCUUAUAUUUAGGUUUUCACACAGAAAAAAAAGCUUACCUUUCAUCUACUAGCCCACCCAAACAAGUUCAGUGUUUCUAAAUCUUUUUUCAAAUUUUAAACAGAAACCUCAAAAAAACUCUUAGUGAUUAGAAACCCAAGUGACCCUUUGUGCCCUGUUGUAGAACAGUCUGCACUUGGGCUUGGCAUCAACAUUAAAGUUAGAAGGCACCGUGUGCGGGUCUGGCCUGGACUUGUUUUUGUCGUGAUGCCAGGAGUGGGCCCCUCCUUGACCCAGUUCUGAGCUGGGGCGAUGCUCGGGGGAGUGUUCACAUCCACCGGACUUUCCUCAUCUUCUCUUCGUUUGGUCCGAAAGCCUCGACCUGCACGCAAAUGGCAGGAUGCGAAAACUACCUUCCAAGUCACCGACCAUCCCUGAUGGAAAGCGGGGGUGUCCAACUCCGCCGCCAGCAUUCCUCAAGACGACUUUGGGCUGGAGCAACCGAUGGCUCAAAGUUCUCAGGCGACUUCUAGAACCUCUCGCCAGCCUCCCCCGCUGCCUGGUUACCAAUCAGGUCAGGCGGCAAUCCAGCGCUCCCCAUUCGGCCGCUGGACCCGGCGCCCCAGUUAGUUCCGGGUGACUUCAGGUCACGUCGAGGAAACAGCUGAAAGGGCGGGCUCGGGUACGCGAAUCCCACCGCACUUUCCUGAGCCCCCGCAGACGCCGAGGGGCGGGCUGGGGGCCCGGGGUCCGGGCGGCUGAGGAGCAAUGGGGUAGGCGCGGCCUCUGCAUUCCCGGAGUCGCCCGCCCCUGCGGCCCCAGCGCACAUGCGCCCGGACGGCCUUUCCCAUAGGCCCCCGCGGCGGAGCACCGCCCCCGCCCGACGCCCUCGAGCGGCCAGGAGACGGCAGCUGCCUCACCCGGCGGCUCGCCGGUAGAAGAGCCUUUGAAAGGCGGCGGGAGGCAGCGAGCGCAAUGGCGAGACUGGGUCACCUGCUGAGCGUGUUGGGUCUGGUUCUGUGCGGGGCGACGGGCCUCGGUCUGAGCGCCCCUCCCGCGUCCACCCCCAAGAAACCCAUCAUCGGAAUAUUAAUGCAAAAGUGCCAUAAUAAGAACAUGAGAGCCCUGGGAAAAUACUACAUUGCUGCAUCCUACGUGAAGUUUCUAGAGUCAGCUGGUGCAAGAGUGGUACCAGUAAGGCUUGAUCUUAAAAAUGAAGAAUAUGAAAAGCUUUUCAAAUCUAUUAAUGGAGUUCUUUUCCCUGGAGGAAGCGUUAACCUCAUGAGGUCAGGUUACGCUCGUGUGGCCAAAACGUUUUACAACUUGUCCAUAAAGAGUUUUGGCGAAGGAGACUAUUUUCCUGUGUGGGGCACCUGCCUUGGAUUUGAAGAGCUUAUUUAUCUGGUCAGUGGAGAGAGCUUAUUAACCCUUACAGAUACUGUUGGAAUUAAACUGCCACUGAACUUCUCUAGAGGUACAUUGCAGAGCAGAAUGUUCCAGAAUUUUCCUGCUGAUUUGCUGCUGUCAUUAGCAGUAGAACCUCUGACCGCACAUUUCCACAAGUGGAGCCUCUCCGUGAUGAAUUUUACGAAGAAUGAAAAGUUAAAGGCGUUUUUCAAUAUAUUAACUACAAAUACAGAUGGCAAUAUUGACUUUAUUUCAACCAUGGAAGGAAACCAGUAUCCAAUAUAUGGUGUCCAGUGGCAUCCGGAGAAAGCUCCCUAUGAGUGGGGGCAAUUACGAGGCAUUUCCCAUGCACCGAAUGCUGUGAAGGCUGCAUUUUAUUUAGCAGAGUUCUUUGUGGCUGAAGCUCGGAAAAGCAAUCACCAUUUUCAGUCUGAUAUUGAAGAGAGCAAAGCACUAAUUUAUCAGUACCGUCCAACUUACACUGCAAAUGUUUCUUCGUUCCAGCAAAGUUAUAUAUUUGAUUGAAAGGCUUCGCUGUGUUAACAAGAAUUCUGACUAACUCCCUGAGUAAACUGUUAAAAUAAUGAAAAAUGUGCUACUCAUGGCAGUAGUAGGUCACAGAGAUGCCGUUUCUGUGAUGUUAUUGGCUCUGAUUCUUCAUUCAGUAUUUUUGUGUAUCACAUUUGAUAAUCAGUGAGACAGAUAAAUAAUCAUAGUGUGUUUCAUGGAAAAUCUUUGUAUUAUUUAAAGAUUAGGAAAUAAAUUUAUUGAAAAUACA